GCAAAAAGAUGUCUCCGCUGCCACAGUUAUCCUCAUCGGCAAAUUCAAAAAUUGCGGGACGAGCCCGAGCCGCUCUGCUGGGUACAACCGGUUGUAGUUGCAACCUGCUCUUGCUGGCGAUUCAGUUCUUGGGCGAACUGAAAACCGUUGCCGCGGUCUCCUUAACCAGGGAAUUGUGUCUGCACAAGGAGCAGCAGGAGAAAAAUACACGUGGUGAUGGUGACGUCAUCCCGCCUCAGUGUGACGAGAACGCGAGCGACGCGGCCUCCUGCGCCGCGAGUCCGAAACCCGGGUGCAAAUACUGCAUCAAUUUUCCUCCGAAGGAGCGGUGUCGCGUACCUGUAUCGCAGAAGAAAAAAGUGUUACAGGUACACAUUGUGUUGCAGGCCAAGCAAGACAGACAAGCUGCGUCAUGCCGGAUACGCAUAGGAGCCUCGUUUCAUAGGUGUUUUCCCGUAGGAUUUCCGCAUAGACAAGUUUUCGCUCUCAUGCAGAGAAAUUUGCGUUGCUGAAUUAACUACAAAUGUGUAACUGUAACACUUUUUUCGUGGGAUAGCCCGGCCCGGAAGAUUACUGCGCAUUCAGCUUGUCGCGUGACCAGGUGGACGCGUUUAAGCAGCCCUACGAUCCGUUCGAACGAAUCCCGACGACCUAUUAUAAUGAAAAAUGCCCCCACCCCCAAAGUUGCAAAACAUUGUGAUGCGAAGUUUCCAAAUGAAAGCUUUUUGUCAUGCAUGAAAGGAGUAUGGCAAUGGCUAUCUAUGGACCUUUCUGAUGCAGAGUCUAGUCGUGUAUCGCAUCGCUUGCAUGACCAGCGCCGCUCUUGCUGGGGUCUUUUGCAAUUCAAAUUUUUGCUAUUCACGAUUGGAGACCUGUGAUGCUGAUAGAUGCAAGAGGGCGAGUGUUUCACUUGGAAAGGUUAGCAAUACAGAUGUAUCCAUCAAGUUCGGGGGUGGGGGCAUUUUUCAUUGCAAUACAACCGCGGUGUGCGACGAGGUAAGUUUGAUCGACCAGAUGGAGAACGAGAUUUGUGAGGCGGGCAUUUGGAACAUCACCGUGACCUGCGACAAGAUGGGCCAGUGCGCCUCCGUCGGGCACGAUCCCUUCAACUACGUGGAGAGCGGCAAUGUCGACCUGUCAGACAAGGCGUCCGUGUGCCGAGAGGCCUACGGCCGCCGCAGCCUCGGCCUGGAAGAGAACGCCCCAGAGAGUGUUCUAGACAACCGCAUCAACGUGGAUAAUUAUUACUUCAAGCUGAGCCACAGGCAGAAACGCAGUGGGUACGGGUUUCUAUUGUCCACCCUGAUCAACUAUCAAAUGUAAAAAUGUCUGGGUCUGGAAGAAUCAUGCUGUUUCUGCAUGAUACAGAAGGUCUGGCAUGGAAGCUCUAGCAUCACAGGUUUCGAGAAGCUUCCGCAAUGCCGAAUCCGCAUGACAAAUCCUCCACUUUGGUGACAGAAGUGAGCAGCUUUUGCUGCCUAUGCAUCAGAGAUUUUUGUGUGUUCUGAAAUGCGCAUCACAAGUUACAUCCUUCCAGACCCAGACAUUUUUACACUUGAUAUCAACAAUGCGGGGCUGUCGCUCGCGUUUCUGAACACGUUUCGCGAGCAGUACUACAUGAAUCGCGAUGACCACGACGACAAGCGCGUGAACGUCACGCAGGGGAUCCGGCACAUCGUGAUGAAUCCAGACGCGAAGCUGGGCCUGUUGAAGCUGCCGGAAAACUGCAAAACGAAGCUGCAGUCCGGCAAGUGGCUGGUCAAGAGCUGCUUCACGGACGCACUGCAAUCCCACGUGGAAAACUCGCUGCGUCAGUUCACCGACUAUGCAUUGCAAAUGUGUCUGGGUCUGAAAACUUGUGAUGCUGGGUGGCGUAAUAUAUAUCACAAGGAGGCCACAAGUGCUGGCUCAGCAUGGCAAGUUUCUGACCUUCUAGAUGUUGCCUACUCUGCGUGACAGACUGCGUUUCUACAUGACAGAAAAAUGCGGCUCUAGGGUAGUACUAACGUGCAUGACAGAUUUAAGAGUCAUGCCAGACAAGCAUGACAAAAAUGCACUCUACUUCCAGACCCAGACAUUUUUGCAUUUGAUACCGACGCGUUGCGUCUGAGUCACGGCGAAUUCGACUACCAAGACUUCUUAUCAACUGUAAAAAUGUCUGGGUCUGGAAGAUUCUGAGACUUGUCAUGCACGGUUUGCAUCCGCCAUGAUGUCUGUCAUGCAUGCCCUAGCCUCACAGGUUUUCAGAGGGACUCUUGAUGCCUAUUCCGCAUGACAAAUGCCCUCUCCGCGUAGCAAAAAUUAGAAUCCUUUUGCUGCUCGUGCAACACAAAUUUGUUAGACAUCCAAAUGCAGCAUCACAAGUUCGGAUCCUUCCAGACCCAGACAUUUUUACAUUUGAUACUUCUCCUAUUGGGUCCACUUGCCCCGUCACAACAUGAAGGUCAAGAUCGUGCCAUCGGGGGUGAUAUCCAUUGCAAAUAUGUCUGGGUCUGGAAAGUUAGAACUUGUGAUGCUGGUCUUGUAUUCCUGUGAAAUCUGUAUUGCAUGACCAACCAAAGUCGCAGCCUCUUUUGUCAUACAAGAAUGCAGUUUCUCAUGCGGGCCGCGCAUGAGGAAGCCUUCUGGAAAGUUGUCAUGCUUGGCUGCAUUCGCGGCCAGUGUCUCCAUCAUCCACACUUAGCAUCACAAAUUUCCAGACCCAGACAUUUUUUGCACUUGAUAGGUGAGCUCCGUGUGGGACGGGGAUGCGGAUGCCGUGGGUCAGUACAAGUGGGAUUGGCGGGACGAAGCGUUUGACUGGACCUUUUUCGACGACGAUGGGACACCAGAAAGCGACAAGGAUGUUGACAAGAAGACCGCCCAACAGUCCGUGUUCCCGCUCCAGUCGCGGGGCGUUGUGACGCGCAACGACAAGACGAUUGUGUGCAAAAGGUCGGUGUUUCCCGACUCCUGCCCCCCCUCCACACACGAGCCGGAAAACGAAAAGAACGAGAACCAGGGCCCGAACGACGGGGCGUAUUACUACGUCGGCGGAGGGAACGUGUUCGAUCUGAUGGCCGAUGCCAAGAACGAGAAGCUGAAUGCCGGCGACGACGUGUUUCUGCUCUCGUACUGGGAAGAAAUGACGCGGCGCUGGCACUCGGCAGAGCUCAUGCUGGGAGGCCAGAGUGCGGGAACCAUGAUCAUGAACGGACUGGGUAACGACUUCUUGUACUUUGGACUCUCUGGGGACCCGCCGCCGCACUUGCUAGAGACCGACAGCGAGUCCGGAACAAGCCCUUACCGCCUGUCUACGGACGGGAAUUACGAGCAGGGCUGCAAGUAUGGAUGUGUCAGGUGUGAAAUCGUCAAAGUUGAAAUAGUUUGUCAUGCAUAAAACAGAUACCAGUCGAGUCGGGCGCCCACUUAUCAAGCGGCGCAUGACAAACUUUCCGAGUACCGGAAUCCAAUUUGUCAUGCUGUUUGGGCACAGAGCACUGCUUUUGUCAUGCGAGUUUAGUAGCUCUAUUUCAAACCGCCCUGAACAGGCUCACAAUCCGCCUCACUUGCUAUCCCUGCAAGACAGGCACUUCAUGCCUUGCAUUUUAUGCAUGGCAAAUUAUUUCAACUUUGUCGAUUUCAAACCUGACGCUUCCAUAGCAAGGACAAGCCGCAUCUGAUCACCGGGUGCGACUUUACGAAGCCCAGCCUCGAGUUUGUGAACAGUCCGAAGGGGGGGCGCAGCUGCGUAUCAAAUGCAAAUUAUAUAUAUUUCUGGGUCUGGAAAUAAAGUGGAACUUCUUGUAAUGCGUGUCUUGCAUUCCUGGAAAAUCUGUGUUGCAUCAGCAGCAGAAGAGGAGCUUCCUUUGUCAUGCAAAGACGCGAUUUGUAUACGCCUUUGCUAAGCAUCAACAGGCGUCUGAAAAACUUGUCAUGCUUGGCUACCAUAAUUGCAAGCGCUUCAAUUUUUAUGCGCAGCUCAGCAUCACAGGUUUCCAGACCCGGACAUAUUUGCAAUGCAUACUGCGAGGUGGCCAACAAAACGCUGGAAGUGUGGCAAACCAAUCUGCAGACGCCGCGGAAGCUGUCUAUGACCUGCUCAAGAAACGUUACAAUCUCAAACGUUACGAUGUGUUGCAUGUUGCAUGACGAGCAUUCCACUUUCUGCAAUACAAAUUUUGCCAGAUUGUAGUGCGGUUUGGGACUGCGGAACUUGUCAUGCGCAAUCCUAUGAGAGUUGGCUACAUAAUGCACCUCUUGCAUCACAGAUUUCGAUAUUCUAUUGUAACGUUUGAGAUUGUAACAGCUGAGCACGUUAUACUGUUCCCGCUGACGGCGAGCCGUUACCAGACGGAGACUAUUGUGAGGAAAAAUCUUCCCUCCCUAUACCAGGAAAAAAGGAUACUUCUGAAAAUUUGUGAUGCUGAUUUGUGACCACAAAUCGUCUCUGUAUUGCUGGAACGCAAAUCCAGAGACUCCGCCGCGUUUUGCAGGCAAUUUGUAAUGCUGUAUGGCCUGCGGAGGAUAUGCCGGCCUUGCUAGGCACCUACACCAAAAAGCCCCUACUCCCGCUUUGUAUCUACUGCCUGCAGUCCUCUACUGCAAGACAAAGCCGAUUUGUGUGCACAAAUCCCGCAUAACAGAUUUCCAUUUCGAUAUGGGGAGGGGGGAUUUUUCCUUGGGAUAGAGACCUGCGAUCCCGAAUGCCUCAAGGAGUGCCAAUCUGCCAGUUACAGUUGCUCGGAAUUGUCCGACUCCCUCGUGUAUCACUUGCAGAGACCACCGAUUCGGGCCUGGAACUUCCACAGCGAUGCGCGCUCGUGAAGCUGUUCUGAAUGGAUAGUGCUGUAUAGAAGAUUUAUGUCGUCAUGCAAAAAAACUACGGGCUUUCUGAUCAUGCGCUUGGUUUAUUUUACAACGCAAUACAAAACCGUCCAAAGAUUUGUCAUGCUCCGCAGCAGGAGGACUACUUCUAGUGCCUCAUUUAUUUUUCCAGCAAAUCCUAGCAUAGUAUACUUGUUUCCAGAGCCAGAUCGAUGUUUGUUUUUGAUACCGUGGGCGGGCGCCAGUUCCGCGAGGCCUGCAGCAGCAUGCAGUCCUUGCGAUGGGAUGAGCCGGUGCAUGCGUUGGGGGAACGCAACGUAUACACGACGAUGCUCCCGAAUAACAAACCGAAUACCUACAUUGUUUACGACGCUGGCUGCCCCGACCCAACGCUGUCCGAAGCGGAAAGGGAAGCGAAAACCGCUGCGGAACAGGAGUUGACCCCGGAAAAGGUUCGGCAAAAAAUCGAGGACCCGGCAUUCUACAAAACCAAGCUGUCCGUGGGGCAGCAGAUCGUGAACAUCCAGGUGCAGUUUGCGCCUGACGAUUGGAAGGCUGACAUUAUUUCGGGCGUUCGGGUAUGCUCUACAAAAGUACUUCUAUCGCGCAACUUGUCGUACAACCACUUUCAAUAAUUUGUUGCAUGACAGAUCUACUUGUAUAAAUUCAUUUUCAAUUAUUUACUACAACUAGUACGAUUAUACUUUUGCAAUGCAUAGCGGGCUGUUGAUGCACUGGGUGCGAUCGAAAAGCCGUCCGACGCCCGGUUUGUGGAGCAUAACGCCGGGCGGUCGAUUCAAGGGGCGCCGAAGUGGUUGUUUGCCGUGUGGUACGGAUUGCAAAAAUGUCUGGGUCUGGAACUCAAACUUGUGUCGCUGAUACAUGCAUUGCAGACUGGUUGCUUGCACGGCCUAACAAUAGGGGAAGUCUUUAUUUUUCUCCUCAGCUUGUUCUUGCGGAUGCGGACUCAUACUCAUUCGUACUUAGCCAUCCAGCACGACAGAAAAAAAUGGCUAAUGAUCCACCUCGUGUUCCUGCAUUGCAGAUCUUCGUGUCCUUGAAGUUCCGCAACACAUCAAAUCGAGACCCAGAUGACGUGUUUGCAAUGCAUAUGGGGUUUUCCACAGACGCAAGCUGCGAACUGAAAUACCCCGACCUGGUUCCGGGCGGGUGUGGCAAAACUUUAUCCGAGCUCGACAUGAUGCGGGUCCAGAAGGCGGUCUUUCCCGGGGCGGGAUAUCCUGAGCAAAAACGUCCCCACCCCAUAGUCAAGUUGGCAAAUCUGCAAUACAAACCUCCAAGUUUUGGCUGUCGAGCAUGACAAGUCUGGGCUUGUAGUGUACUCCUGUGAAGCUAGUUCAGCAGCAUCACAGAGCUAGCGCGUCAUGCUUAUUGGAGCAUGACAAAUUCCGAAACACAGCUACACAAUGCUUCUCAUGGGGCUGCGCAUGAGAAACAUUUGCAGCUUGCAGAUUUGCGUUACAACUUAUGGGGUGGGCGAGACGUUUUUACUCAGGAUACGGGAAGCCGUGCAGUCAAGGAGGAGGACUGCCCGCAUCUCAACUCGAAACGGUCCUUCCAGACGAAUGAACGCGACUAUCGCACAGAAAAAAGCCAGCAGGGCAUUCGGAAUGCAAAAAUAUUGAUAUAAAAUAUUGAUAUAACCGCACUAGAACAAAAAACAAAAACUAAUAAGAAGUUGUAUCCUAGGAAAUAGCAUGCUAUGGGCGGCUCGCCCAUGGCAGACUUUGUAGUUUUUGCAUUACAAAUAUUUCCUGCUAGCUUUUUUUCGUCCGAUAGCGGCCCGCGCGGGAUCGAUUCCUCUGAUCCUCGCUGCCAGCCCACGACCGGCGGGAAGUGUAACGCCUGGAAUUUCGGAGGUAUAGGAUAUGUUAUGAUAUGACGGCGCCAAGGAAAUAGGUAUACCAAAUGUCGAAAAAAUAAACCUUGACAACUUCUGACUGGUGUGAGUAGUUUUUUAUGUACGAUUUCGAUUGUUUUGUUUACUAGACUUGACAGGGACCACGUCGACAACUUCGCAACAACUUUCUCUGCGAAGUUGUUUCAUCCGCUUCGCGUCUCAUUCUGAAUACAAACUCCACUUGUACCAACAGGUCUGCGUUCCCGUUUUAUGGGCCUGGGUUGGAUGCACAACAUCUCCGUGCGCCCGCACGCGUGCUUGGGGACCACGAAGAAGGUGAAGCCGGGCAUCCAGCGCCUAGCGCCCAGUAUGGGGUAUUUGUCACCUUUUUCCAUGUAUGCAUCGCAAAUCUGUGUCUGGGUCUGGAAGGAUGUAGCUGCUGAUGUUGCGUUUGGAUUGUGCAAAAAUCUGUAUUCCAUGAACAGCAAAUAAAGCAGUCCAGUUCAUCUUUUUGCCACGGCGAGAAGGCAUCUCUCAUACGGUAUGGGCAUCAGGAAGCCCUCACAAAAUCUGUGAUGCUACGGCAUGCAUCACAGACGUCAGGAGUCAUGGAAAAUGUGCAUGACUAACCUUGCAGCAUCCUUCCAGACCCAGACACUUUUGCAUUUGAUACCAUGCUGGUGAUUGCGGACGGCAUGGCGGUGAUCCACGAGGCCGGGGGAAGCAACCGGCGCGUGAUCGUUGGCUAUCCUGAGAAAAAACUGUUUCCGUCUCAACUUCUAAUGCGCAACUUCCUUGAGACAGAGUUUUGUCAUGCUUGAGAUGCAAGAAAGACGUCUUUCAUAUGUGUUGUCCCUUGCUGUCUAAAAAAACGCAUCACAGAUUUUUUGUUUCUUGCUUCGCAAAUUUGUGUUGCUGAGUCUGCAAAGAGAAAGAUUUGGGACUGAGACAGCUUUUUCUCGCGAUAGUGGCGACACGGAAUUCACCCUGAAGAAGAAUUACCACGGCGAGGCACAGGCUGCUUAGUAGUCACUACUAAUUUGGGACAUAUUUUCAAGAAUGUUGGGAAAACGAAUCUACCACACAUUCCGAACCGCUUCUUUGGGGGCAUCACAUGAACGUGACAUGUUGUGUUUGAAAGCAUAAAAACAAUAUUCAUGGUUUAUCACCGAUUUUCAUAUUUUUCUUACACCUAAUUUUCACUGAAAAAAAUCUUCUACAUCUACCGUACGAACAUGCACCUACUUUUUUUAUCUACAUGAACAUCGCCGUGUUUCGACAGAGAUUGAUAUACAACAGUGAUUGACCAAGACCAGUAGCAUUUCGUGGUCCAUCGGUACGAAACAAGUUUUGUACUCAAAACAGUAGAUGAAGUAAAAAGUCAUCUCGCUGCAAGUACAACAUUUUUGAAGCGCAUCCACAAAAAUCAUGGUUCGCAUCUAUUUCACAUCGGAUUGUCUUCAAGGAUUUCCUUUCAAAUGAUAUUUCUUCUAUCGAUUCAGUAUUAUCAUUAUCGGACCGCUCUACCAGUCCCGCAGAUGCGUUUGAACUUUUAUACGAGAAUGGGUAAAUUCUUCCUCUACCUUGGAAGGAAGUCGAUUGCUCACACUCAAUCACAAUUUUGUAAACAUCCGCAGCUGUGACUACAGUCAAAAAGAAACAAUCUAAAAACCGGGCAUCAACAUGGUCGUCUUUAUGUUGCAACAUUGUGCGCAAGCGCGUGCACGCAUCGUAACCAAGCAACGCGGCCAGUGUCUUCUUGCUGAGUUGGGACUAUGUGCACGAGUAAAACAAAGUAAAGCAACAGGAACUAAGCACAGUUUCUUCAAGAUCAAGGUAGACAUGAUGAUCACGCAGUUAUUCUCAAGAGAGACGAGGACGAGAGGUGGUUUGCUUGUGCUGUGGUAUCGAUCAUCAAACGAGGUGUAGUAAGUGAGCAUUCUUACACCGACAACGACAAGGAAGAGAGUGCGUCCUGCUGUCAAC